AUGACGGUCAUGUCGCGUUUCUUCAAGAAGAAGGCGACCGAGGAGGAGAUCCACGAGAAGGGAACACCCAACACCGCCACUCCUGCGGACACACCUCCCAGGGGAAACUCUGAGACCGUCCAGGCUGCGGAUCUCGAGCCCAAGGGCCGUGUGCCUGCCAUUGCCGUUAUCCUCGGUGCUUGUGCCAGUAUCGGUGGAUUCAUGUUCGGAUAUGAGUCUGGACAGAUCUCUGGUUUCCUCGAGAUGGACGACUUCAAGGCGCGUUUCGGCGGUGAGAACAACGAGUUCUCUGCUGUCCGCUCUGGUGCCAUUGUCGGUCUUCUUGCUGUCGGUACUCUCUUCGGAUGCUUGGGCUCAGCUCCUCUCGCUGACACCUUCGGUCGUCGUCUUACUAUCUCCGGUUCCGCUUUCUUCUACAUCAUCGGUGUCAUUAUCGAAAUCACCAGCAAGAACGUCUGGGUUCAAUUCGCCAUGGGCCGCUUCACUGCCGGUCUCGGUAUCGGAGCUCUCUCUACCGUCGUUCCCAUGUACCAAUCCGAGUCGAUCCCCAAGCGCAUCCGUGGUGCCACCGUCUCCUCUUACCAACUGUUCAUCACGCUCGGUAUCUGGACCGCAUACAUGGUCAACUACGGCACGGAGAAGGACUACGUCAACAGCGCUCAAUGGCGCAUUCCCAACGGUCUUUCCGCACUCUGGGCCAUCAUCCUUGGUAGCACCAUCCUCCUCCUCCCCGAGUCUCCCCGCUACGCAUACCGCAAGGGCAAGGUCGACGAGGCUCGUAUGAACAUGGCCCGUCUCAACGGUGUCGACCCCCAUAGCGCCUUCAUCGACGCCGAGAUUGCUGAGAUCCAGGAGAAGCUCGAGGCUGAGUCUGCUGGCGGCGACCACCCAUGGCACGAGAUCUUCACCGGCCCCCGCAUGCUGUACCGCACUCUCCUCGGUAUGGUCCUCCAGGCCGGUCAGCAGUUGACAGGUGCCAACUACUUCUUCUACUACGGCACAACCAUCUUCUCCGCCACCGGCCUCUCCAACUCAUACGUCACCUCCAUCAUUCUCGGAACCGUCAACGUCGUCGCUACCAUCUUCGGUCUCUGGGUCGUCGAGAACGUCGGCCGCAGAAAGGCCAUGAUGGUCGGUGCUGCCUGGAUGGCCAUGUGCCUCUUCAUCUACUCCUUCGUCGGUCACUACGCCCUCGACCAGAACCUUCCCCAGAGCACGCCCGCUGCCGGAAACGUCAUGAUUGUCUUCACCUGCCUGUUCAUUGCCGCGUUCGCCACUACCUGGGGCCCCCUCGUCUGGGCCAUCGUCGGAGAAUUGUACCCUGCCCGCUACCGCGCUACCUGCAUGGGUCUCGCCACCGCCUCCAACUGGCUCUUCAACUUCAUCAUCUCCUUCUGCUCUACCCUCAUCACCGACCGCAUCGACUACUUCUACGGUCUCGUCUUCGCCGUCUCCCUCGUCCUGCUCUUCUUCGUCGUCUACUUCUUCAUGAUUGAGACUAAGGGCCGCUCGCUCGAGGAGAUCGACACUAUGUACAUGAUUCACGUCAACCCUAUCACCAGCGCCAAGUGGGAUGCGUCGAGCUUGGCCAAGGACGGCCUUGUCGACACCGACAGGCUGCACAUGGGUCCUGGCGGUCGCAACUUCAGCAAGGCGGAGCAGGCUGGUACCCACGGUGGUAUCUUGGAGCCUGCCGAGCGCAACGAGAACCAGGUCUAG